GUGCGCAUUGUUAAAAAGGCAAAAUCCAUUUUUUAAAUUCCUUAACGGCUACUUUUUUUUUUUCUUUUUUUUCUUUUUUUUUUUUCUCUCGCACUCCCACGCACAAUUUAGAAGCACUUCUCUAAAAAAAAAAUCUACUACUGCUUCACUCAGAAGCGCUUCUCAAGGAUUUUUUUUUUUUUUUUGGGUUUUUUUUGUCUCUUCAUUGGCCAUGGACGAUGAUGAUACUCACAAAGAGAGGAGCAUUGAGCGAAAGCAAGGCGAAGUCGUCGUCGUAAUCCAAACCGGCGCAGCAGCAGCAGCAGCAGCAAAGUCGGCGCCGACUUCUUCUGCGAAUGUCGAAGGUUUCGAGGAUUCGGCGCCGAAAUCAUCGCCCCCGCGCGUCGGAAACCCCUCCCCGGAGAUCGCCAAGGCGCCGAGCCCUAGGAAGCUCCCACGAACCCCCAAUCCCGAAACCCUAAUCCGCUGCAGAUCCAUCUCCAAGCCCAAAUCCCGCUUCGUCGAGCACCCUCCCCACUCCUCCGCGGCGGCGGCGGCCCCGACCCCGAGCUCGACCUCCCCAAACCCUAGGGCGUCCCUGGGCACCCCCAAAACGCCGUUCCUCGACGCGGACGACGAGGAAGAGGAGGACGAGGAGAUCUACAAGAAGGAGCAGCAUAUCAACGCGAAGGCGAAUCGGCGUCGGCGGUGGAGACUCGGGGCUCUGGUCGAGUGGGCGAUCCUGAUCCUCGCCAUGGGGUGCCUCAUCGCGAGCUUAACCGUGCGCAAGCUCCAGGGAUCCGUGAUCUGGGGCUUGGAGAUUUGGAAAUGGUGCUUGAUGGUGACGGUGAUCGGCUGCGGGGGGUUGGUGACGCAGUGGCUCAUCAAUUUGCUCGUCUUCAUGAUCGAAAGGAACUUCCUUUUGAAGAAGAAGGUGCUCUACUUCGUCUACGGGUUGAAGGAUAGUGUGCGAGCUUGCAUUUGGCUAGGGCUUGUGCUCCUUUCCUGGUUCCUUCUCUUCAAUGGAGGGCUCGAGAGGUCGAAGAAGACGACGAAGAUCCUCAAUUACGUCUCCCGCUUUCUCGCAUCGCUCCUGAUCGGAUCGGUAAUAUGGCUCGCGAAAACCCUUGGCAUGAAGAUAUUAGCUUCUUCUUUCCACAUGACCAAGUUUUUCGAUCGGAUCCAAGAGUCAAUUUUCCAUCAGUACGUGCUGCAGGCGCUCUCCGGGCUGCCGUUGAUGGAGAUGGCGGAGAAGGUAGGGAGAGAGAAGAGCACAGGGCAGUUAAGCUUUCGGAGCACCAGGAAGGGGAAGGCUAAAGGAGGGGAAGAACAAGCAGUGAUUGAUGUCGGGAAGCUUCAUAAGAUGGAUCAGGAGAAGGUCUCGGCUUGGACAAUGAAGGGCCUAAUCAAUGUGAUCAGGACUUCAGAGCUCACUACAAUCUCGAACACAAUCGAAAACUUUGGCGAGGAAGGCUGGGAACAGAAGGAUAGGGAGAUUAAUAGUGAGUGGGAAGCGAAGGCUGCGGCUUACCGGAUUUUUAAAAAUGUCGCCAAGCCUGAUCACAAGUACAUAGAUGAAGAGGAUCUUAUGAGAUUUUUGAGCAAGGAGGAAGUGGAAUCCGUGCUUCCGAUGUUUGAAGGAGCUGCUGAGACAAGAAAGAUCAAGAAGUCAGCAUUGAAGAACUGGGUGGUGAAGGCCUACCUCGAUCGGAAGUCCCUUGCACAUUCCCUAAACGACACUAAAACCGCAGUCAGACAACUGCACAAGCUAACGACCAUCAUUGUUGUUAUUGUGAUUAUAAUUGUUAUGCUUCUUAUGAUGGGCAUUGCAACUACCCAAGUUAUCGUCGUCAUUUCGUCCCAGCUUUUGGUGGUUGUUUUCAUGUUCGGAAACACAUGCAAGACUACAUUUGAAGCCAUCAUUUUCGUCUUCAUUAUGCACCCUUUCGAUGUCGGCGAUCGUUGCGUCGUUGAUGGAGUACAGAUGACUGUGGAAGAAAUGAAUAUUCUGACGACCGUUUUUCUGAGAUACGACAACGAGAAGAUAUAUUAUCCGAAUGCUGUCUUGUCGACAAAACCAAUCAGCAACUUCUACCGGAGCCCGAAUAUGAGCGAUUCCGUUGGAUUCGCCGUCGACAUUUCGACUUCUGUGGAAAGCAUUGCGACUCUGAAAUCCAAAAUAAAAGCUUAUAUCGAGAGUAAGCCCACCCAUUGGCAGCCGAACCACAGCAUAGUGGUGAAGGACAUUGUGAAUGUUAACAAGAUGAACAUGGCUUUGUAUGUUCAGCACACCAUCAACUUCCAAAACAUCAGCGAGAAGAACGGCAGGCGAUCGGAUCUCGUCCUCGAGCUCAAGAAGAUCUUCGAAGAGCUCUCGAUCCAAUGUCACCUCCCUCCUCACCAAGUUCAGCUUAGCCACGUCGGCUCCAACCCGCUACCUUUAGCGAUCAGUCAAGCCAUUUAGGCUCGUUCGAAGUCUUUGUCCGGUCGAUGAUUCUGCGUCGACUUUUGUUUACUUUAGCAAGUUUAGCGGGAUAUUGCUGUAAGAAUGAGCCUCCCGUUGAUGUUUAGCGUGGGUAGUGGUUGGGGAACCAGAAACUUGGAGGGCGAUCGUCCACAACUUGAGACGGUCACAUACACCGGCGGAAAAAGCUUGGAUGAGGAGCUCCUCAUUCCAGCUUACUGGACAUCUUUUAAAUUUGCUGAUUAAUCCAGUAUUAAGGAUCGGGGGUUAAAACUUUUAGAUUAGAACCAAACAUUUAAGAUUUAGGCGCGGGGUGAAUCAGAUGGGCUCACCACAUUAUCUCAACGAGAUCUCGUUGAAGAGCUCGCCAUUGAAGUUGCGCUCUCCACCAUCCUUUUGCUUUGGAAUUCGUGCUAAUGCUUUUGCUUUCGAAUUCGUGCUAAUUUAUGUGAUGGAUGGUAGCUGUAAUCGACCUAUUAAAUUUGUCUCUGGUUGGGGGAGGCUUAUGUAAUGUAAUGAUUGGUUGUUAACAAUUACUUCUGGUAGAAUGGGAGCUCAUAUUCAUGCUUAUUUUUGUGACUAAGUCCCCCCCCCCUCAUUAUUAACCAUGAAUGUGAUGACUCCAUUUGGAGAGGAGAGAGUAGUUACACA